AUGGCGGUCACUGAAGACUUUCCCGGCAUUGAGGUCACGGUGGAAGUUGACGGUGUCGCAUUGAAGGAAUACGAGGAUAAAGAUGAAGCAGAGCCGGCGAAGACUGUCACACGCUACAUCGAGGCCGCGCAUGGCAAGAACUUUACAGUUACAGUCAAGAUGUCCAAGGGUUUCAGGUUGAGGAACAACGCUCUUUCUUUCCAGGUGUACGCCGACGGAAACCUGGCGAGCCGAAAGGUUUUCAAUCAGAAUGAUGCAACAAGCGGAAGAACAUUGCGAGUCGAGGGCUUUCAUGAUCUUCAGCAUAUCACCAAGUUCCGGUUCGACGAGCUGCACACCGUUUCAGAUGACCGGUCGAUCAGGCAGGAGGCCUCAAAGCUCGCCAGCCUGGGUACUUUGAAGAUCAAGAUGCAUCAUUCCACGAUCACGGGGAGCACCCCAGCAGAAGCGAGAGUGAGGAAGCAGCCGGCCACGAUGGGCACCGUCUCUGAGAAGGCUCUGAAGGGCAAGGCUCUAACGCACAGCGUCGGAUUCGGCGACGUUGUUGCGCGCAGGGCGAAGAAUAUGACGAAUACUCAGCGCGUUGGCGACAUCGUCACGUUCGUUUACCGCUAUCACUCUUUGGAGUCGCUGAAGGCGCUGCUCAUCAUUCCGCGAGAUCCAUCGCCUCAGCCUCUACCACUCGAGGAGCGAGACUUCGACAGUCUCAGCAGGGAAAACCUUAUGGAGCUCCAUCGUCGUGCACGAGAGGCUAGAGGACAAGAAGACACCAAGCCCAAGAUCAAGCGCGAGCGUGCUGACGAGAACCCCCGGCCACGCAAAGUCUCCCGCCCAAGCGCCGGCGAUGUCCAGCUCGAGCUCAACGAUGAGGGCAACUUCCAGCAGUCCUCCACUGCAAGUCUUGGUCGAAAGGAGCAAGAGGUCAUUGAGCUGGAUUAG